UUUACUAAACAAGUGCAUUGAAGAUGAAGAAAAUAAUUCAGAAGGAAUAAGCAGUUUAUUCAAUAAUCUAUUAAAAUAAUUUUAUAAAGUAAUUAUUUGUUUUCGUUUUUUUUAUUGGUUCAGUGAUAAUUUUUUGUUUCAAGAGUAAUGAUUACUGGCAAACGCUUUGAAGGAUCAUACUGGUAAUUUAGGCUAAGUAGCCCGUCAUGUACUCUAGUGCUCUCAAAGUUGGAUUUAUUAGAAUUACAUGGCCUAAAUAAACUGUCAACAUUCACUAUGAAAUUUUCCACUCAUGAAUAACCGCUCAGUUGACCAGUGCUAAGAUAUUAGGCUAUUCAUUUUGAAAUUUAUAUCCGUGUUAGGUAUUUGUGGAGGUAUUUGGACAUGGAACUUUAGCUUCGCUGAUUUGAUCAAAUAUUUCAGCGUGAACUUAAGAAACCAAUAGUUAUAAACUAAAAAUUACCCUGUUACUGCCUGUAACUGAUAUUGAUACUUGUUUACUCAUCAUGGCUAUGGGAAAAAGUUUCCGUGUGUUUGAAAAAGUAAAUCCUCCAAAUCCCUACAGUGUUUUGUUAGAGCAACGAAAUAAGGAUGACUCUAUUUUAUUUGAAUCUCAAGCUGUAGCUGUUUUAUCAGCUCAAGAAACGGAAUCUGUUAAAAGGCAAUAUACCAAGCUGCUUGAUGCAUAUGGCUGUCUAGGAGUGUUAAACUUAAAUGCUGGAGAAAACACAUUACUUUACCUAGUUAUGGUAACUGGGUGCAUAUCAGUCGGUAAAAUAAAAGAUUCUGAAAUAUUUAGAAUAACACAAACUAAUUUCAUAUCCCUUCGGAAUCAACAGCAAGAUGAAGAAAGAAUAUCGGAAGUCAGAAAACUCCUGAACUCUGGGACGUUUUACUUCUCUUGGUCAUCAACUGUUGAACCAAUAGAUAUAACCCUUUGUGCCCAGAGGCGCUGCAAAACAACAUUCACAGACAACAGGUUCUUUUGGAAUCGUAUGCUUCACAUCCACUUGAUGCGUUUUGGCGUAAGCUGUUUUCAAUGGCUUCUAAAAAUUAUGUGUGGAAGUGUUGAAAUAAGGACAGUCUAUGUAGGUCAUCGUCAGGGUCGAGCAGUUAUUAUAUCCAGACUCAGCUGCGAGAGAGCUGGGACUCGGUUUAAUGUCAGAGGUGUCAAUGACGACGGAAAUGUCGCAAAUUUUGUGGAAACAGAACAGGCCAUAUACAUGGAAAAUGAAGUUACUUCAUACCUUCAAAUUAGAGGAUCUGUACCACUUUUUUGGGAACAACCCGGAGUUCAAGUUGGAUCUCACAAAGUGAAAAUGUCACGAGGACCGGAGUCUUCAGAUUCUGCAUUCAGCAAACACCUUAUGUACAUCAAGGAAAGAUACGGCCACCAAGCAAUUGUUAACCUGCUUGGAACUAGCUUAAUUGGCAGCAAAGAAGGUGAGGCCAUGCUAAGUCAGCUUUUUCAAAGCCACCAUCACAAGUCAGAGCAUCAUAAUGAUGUACCUCAUAUUGUUUUUGAUUAUCAUCAAGAGUGCAGAGGCGGAAAUACUAAAAAUCUCAGUAAACUUAAAGCUAAAAUGGACGCUUACUUGAAAGCAUAUUCAUUCUUUUAUUCUAAAGAAGAUGAGGUACUACAAGAACAAAGGGGAACAUUAAGAACAAAUUGUUUGGAUUGUCUUGACAGAACCAACUGUGUUCAGACAUUUAUUGGACUGCUGAUUUUGAGCAAACAGCUAGAACUACUGAGCCUGCACGAGAAGCAACAAAUUGUAUCAAGAUUUGAAGAAGUUUUCCGCCAGAUGUGGGUAAACAAUGGUAAUGAAGUCAGUAAAAUAUAUGCAGGAACAGGUGCUAUCCAAGGAGGCUCUAAACUCAUGGAUGGUGCAAGAUCAGCUGCUCGGACAAUCCAAAAUAACCUAUUAGACAACAGCAAACAAGAAGCUAUAGAUGUUUUGUUGCUGGGUAACACACUGAACAGUGAACUCGCUGAUCGUGCAAGGAUUUUGCUGGAUAGAAGUAUGCUUCAUGCUCCAACCAACGUCUUGAGAGAAAUGUGCAAACGUUCAGGAGAAUACAUUCAUCCUCAAAGAAUCAGAGUCGCUAUUGGAACAUACAAUGUCAAUGGUGGAAAACACUUCAGAAGUGUCGUAUACAAAGACGUAUCUCUGUCAGACUGGCUACUCGAUCCUAGUGAAGCUUCUUCUCAUUCGCUUGUAGAUGAAAAUGAUGGAACACCAGUCGACAUAUUUGCUGUAGGCUUUGAAGAAAUUGUUGAUUUGAAUGCCAGUAACAUCAUGGCUGCAAGUUCAGAAAAUGCAGAAAUGUGGGCUGAAGAGCUACAAAAGAUACUGUCUAGAGAUCGAGAUUAUGUGAUGUUGACUUAUGUUCAGCUUGUAGGAGUGUGUCUUUUCCUCUUUGUUAAACCCGAACAGGCUCCGUUUAUCAGAGACGUUGCAACUGACUCAGUCAAAACCGGCUUGGGUGGUGCUACGGGAAACAAAGGAGCCACAGCAAUCCGCUUUGUCCUUUACGGAACUUCACUCUGCUUUGUUUGUGCUCACUUUGCAGCUGGCCAGAACCAAGUCACAGACCGCAAUGCAGAUUACGCAGAAAUAACACGUAAAGUUAGUUUUCCAAUGGGAAGAACUUUGAACUCACACGACUACGUGUUUUGGUGCGGUGACUUUAAUUAUCGAGUCAACAUGGACAAAGACGAGAUGAAAGAGCUUAUAAAGAAGAAAGCUUAUGACGAAAUUCUUCAAAACGACCAAUUAAUAAUUGAACAAAAAGCUGGCAAUGCCUUCAAGAAUUUUAUCGAGGGCCCAAUCACCUUUCCUCCCACUUACAAAUAUGAUUUAUUCUCCGAUGAUUAUGAUACAAGUGAAAAAUGCAGAGCCCCUGCUUGGACGGAUAGAGUUCUUUGGAAGAGAAGAAAACAAGUUCCAGAAGCUGAUGGAAAUUGGAGUCCAGGUCGUCUUGUAUACUACGGCCGAUCUGAGUUGAAACAAAGUGACCACAGGCCAGUCAUUGCGAUUAUUGAUGUAGACAUUUUUCAAGUAGACAAAUGUCGUCGGGACCGAGUUUUUAUGGAAGUCAUCCAAGACCUCGGCCCACCUGAUGCUACAAUCAUCGUCCAUGUUGAUGGUUCACCAUCAAAUGAAGACGAUUCAUCAAUCUUUGAUGACAAUUUUAUGAUGGCACUGUUGCAGGAGUUGUCUCAAAUCGGAGAAGUGAUUCUCGUUAGAUUUGUUGAAGAAACUAUGUGGGUCACCUUUAGAGACGGACAAUGCGCUUUAGUGGCUGCCAAAAAAGGAAAAACUCAAAUAUGCGGCCACAAUUUAACACUAACUCUAAAGACUCCAAACUGGCAAGAAGUUACUCGAAAAGAAACAAUGCUUUGCAGCAACAACACUGUCCCUCUGUGUGACUAUAGGGAACCACUGCCUGUCGAAGCGAAUUUGAAAAAACCUGAGUCAAGAAGUGGACAAGCGACUCCCAGCGAAGAAACUCCUCGGAGCCUACCUCCUAGUCGCCCCCCGCAACCUAUGAUGCAGCGACCCAAGGCCGGAGUCAUUAGUGUCUUACCACGACCACCUCAGCCUCAAGUAGAUGCUAACGCCUAUCAAGAGCCUAUUCCUGGUGGAGCGUUCACGAAAGCAGAAGCCCCAAGUGUUGAGUACAACAAGGUAGAUCAAAGCUCUGCUAUCUAUGAAGAGAUACCUAGUGAGGAGUUUGAGAGCUCUCCGAUUCCUUCGGGACCACCACCACCCCCUCCAGGUUGGAAUGUUGAGAACCCCCCUCCCCUACCUCAACGACAGCUACCUCCUCCUCCUCCGCAAGCAGCACGUCCCGCGCCACCCCCUGUUCCACCCAGAGCUGGUGUCCCUCCUCCAAUCCCUUCAAGAGCAACACCCACCCCUCCCAUGACCCCUCGGCGAACAAUACCUCCCCAAUAAUUAUCCAAUAGUAAAAUUCAAAUGUAAUACUUCGAACAAAACAUCCCUAUUGUAUUUAAGUAGAGUAGCCUAUUUCAAAAUAAGGCGGUUAGAUGACUAGUUAUUGUUAUUAAUAUCUGAGAUUGUUAAUGGAGCUUCUGUAUUGUUUUAUUCUGUUCAACUUGUUAAAAUUGUUGAAACAUGAUGUGAAGAAUUUAUUCAAAUGUGUGUCUACUAAAAUCAGUUUUUUGUUGAUUAAUGUUGAUGCAUUGUGUGAGCUUUCUAAUCUAUUCUUUGGGCAACUACAGUAGUUUAUACAUGAGUAGUUUAGAUCUAUCUCUUUGUGGUUGAAUGUUAGAUUGCUAGCCUAACGAUUAAGGUUAUAUUAGACUUUACAUUCCUUAUGCUUGAAACCGCCUGUGGCAAUUUAAAUCGUUCAAAAUUUUGGAUAGGCUAUAAUUUUCAAGGUUUGCAGCUAUGAGCUAAUUUUUGCUAGAGUUGAACAUAAUCGAAAAUAUUCUGUUUAUGGAUUUAAAGAUUAAAGUGAAAUCUCUUAGUUGAAUGUUGGAAAUAAUAUUGAUUAAAAAAAAUAGUUUUGUAUUUGACUUUGUCUUGAGUCUAAAAAAAUACUAUAAACAUGUCGUGAUCUAUCCUGCCUAUGUUGUGACUAUAAGCCUAGAAACAACAGAUGUUAUCUUGAGCUUUGAAACACAUUAAAAUUAUUAUUAGUAUUGCUGUUACACAUACAUGGCGGGCCUAUAACCUAACUAAUGUCAAAUCUGGGAAACAAUAUUAUCUUUGGCACUAGAAGCUUUAUUAGUUUUUAAAUAACGCUUUUUAAUCCUACUGUGUUAUUCAGUCGUAAGUAAUUUAGUAAAAUAAUAGACAUUUGUUGUUUUAAAGACGGUUUUUUAUAUGUAAUGUCUAAAAUUGGCAACAAUAUGUUAGAUAACUAAAUAAAUUUACAUUAUUAGAUCAUUUGAAAAUCUUUCAAUUGGGUUAAUCAGACAAUAAUUUGUAUCACCAAAGAACAUUUUACAGUAAGUUUUAGUCGGUAGAUAGGUUGGCCUAGUCAUUUAGCAUUGAUUGUUUUAUCUUUUCCCCAAGGGCUUUUGCUCUUUGAUAUCAGGUUUAUAUGCUUUGAGUACAAGUCCAAACAUUACUGAUAAUUUUAUUUCAUAUGAUGAGAAAUAGGAUGCUAUUUUGUAUUGUUGUUGCAUGAUUAAACAUGCUUAAAUUAUUGUUGCAUGAGUUUAUCAUUCGUACAGAAUCUUUGGAGGUUCUCUAACAGUUGAGUUUUAUACACAGGUUUUCACUAACUGAAAUAAUUCUGCACUGAGUUCAACCCAUUAUGAAUUUGAGACAUCAGUGAAACAAAUUCAUGAUUUUAUUUUAAAAGAAAUGUAUUGUGUGAAUAUGUUAGGUUAAAAAAAUGUUAGUACAAAGAAAUAUUAUUUAAUACUAUUUUAAGCUGUGUAUUUAGGUUCUCAGUGAAAAUUGUUACAUAAUACCUAGCUAGUAACUAACAAGCAAUUUCUAAAUUCCUAUUGAUCACAAUAGAAAUGUGGUAAUAUUUUAACACAUAUGCUAAGUAUUAUAAUGAAUCUAUUUACUUAUUGUAAAAACGACUCGAUAAUAUUUAUUUUGAUUUUGUGAUAUUAUACUUUAAUAUUCCUUCAAAAUGUUCCUUUAUGUAGCCUUGUGAAGUAUUUGCUGGAACUCAAACUAUUCUUUUGAAAUUUGCACGUUCAUUACUCUCUAAUUCAGCCUCACUAAAAUUUUUGUAAUAAUUCCAAAAGAAAAUGAUAUUUAAAACCAAUUUGGUUGGUCCUCUUGAACAUUAGAGUUAAAGUGUGCAUUAUGAAAAAUGUUAACUACUGUUGUGUGAUAAACAACAGCCUAAUACAGUUGAUUAUAAUUUUAAUUAAAGCAGCUAGAUAUAAAACACGUUUUAAACGUAAUAUUUAUAUUUUGUCAUAUGCAUAAUAUGUAAAACUUAAAAUAAUUGUAUCUUUUGUAAAGUUUUUGUGAAGAUCGGUAAAUCUAAAUUAUUUAUCAGAGUAUAACUAUAGCCAUCGACUAUAGCAUACUGGUACUUAAAAAUCAAAUACCAAACGGCUGUGUAUAUUAUUUUAUAUAACUUUUGUUAUCUUGUUAUAAAAUUUCCUGUGAAGUUUGUGUCCUUUUUUAUUUAUACACAAGCAAUUGUUAUAUGUAAUUGUUUAUGCCCUUUACUUGCCAGUUUUAAUGAAAUGUAUUGCAUAAUGAUUGAUAUGAUGUGGUUAUUGUAUGUUGUUAUUGUAAAGAUUAAUGUCCCGCUAUUCAUUGUAGAUAUUACACCAAUUAUAUUUAGUAAAAUUGCAUAUAUGUAUACUAG